AUGUCCGACAGCAAUGCCAAGUCCUUGCUACACGGCAAGAUUUCAUCCACGUCCAGACAAGAACCUGCGCAGGUGGUCCAGUUAAUCAAGAGAUUAUCCGCAGCCGGCGGGUUCGAAGACGCACUGUCCUAUGUGAAGAUCCCCCAGCUAUCAGAGCCAUACUGGCUGCUAGAGCCUGGAGCCAAAGCCAUAACAGCCAAUGACAAAAGGUCACAAAAGAGUCCCCCUGGCCCCAAGAAAACGCUGUUCGAGCACAAUGCUCUGGUUUCUAUCUUUAAUAGGCUGGUCACUGCGAAUGUCCGUGGCAACAUCCCCGCCAUGUACAUUGAUCAGGACGACUGGUCGCUCAUCACUCACAUUAGCGAUUGGCGAAAGCCCAUCGAUCAGUUUAAUUGUUAA